AUGCGACACUAUAAAUUCCACCAAACACUUGAUAGACUUGAAAGGUUGGAUAGCAUGCCACACAGUAGCAGACAUCACUUGGUUGGUAAAUUGCUCACCAAAUUUGAAGUAUUUGAAGGUUACGGCUGUAUGCCUCAAAGAACAUCGCAUGUACAUACUCAGCAGUCGGCUCUCAACAUUGGCAUUACAUGUGGUGACUCAACCAACGAUUAUCCGGGAGUCUUCUUCCAUGUAUGUACUGAUCCGGUCGAUCAAAUAUUCUUUGCAAGACCGUCUCAACCUCUCUUGCAAACGUCUCAAGACGACCGUAUGUGUUGUAACUACGGCCAAGUGUUGAGGUUGGGGUACGUGUCUGUGGAUCGUCUCAUUGUUGAGAUUAGCGAUAUCAAGAUUGAAAUAGAAUUCGAUGAUUUGGGUAUAUGGAAGCAAGGAGUGCCCAAUGCCAUGGAUUCCGCGUAUGCCUCUUUGCUGGUGCAACGUCUGGUCCUGCAAAACAAGUACUAA